AUGGCUAGCUAACUUAGAAAUAAAAGAAACCAAAGUACUUGAACUUGGUCCAUCAGAUACAAACACAAAACAACCAAACCUAUCUAUCAAUCUAUGCCAUUCAUCAACCUCAAAUGACUAGGUAAACUCAAGAUGAUGUAGGCUCUUAGAUCCGAGUGAUGAAUGCUGGGUAUUUGUUAGCAGUAACACAAAUUUAUUCAGUGUGAAGCAAUAUGGGGAACACAUGUGUUGGUCCUAGCAUUUCAAAAAAUGGUUUUGUUCAAUCAGUUUCUGCAGCAAUUUGGCGGUCCCAUUUGCCAGAUGAAUCAGUGUCUAAUAGAGAAUCUGUAAAAGAGGAAGCAACUAGCGUGCCUGAAUCGCCCUUGCCUGUCCAAAACAAACCUCCUGAGCAGAUAACUAUGCCGAAGCCGGAAGCGAAACAAGAGGCAAAAUCAGAAAUAGAACCAGAACAGGAACAAGAGAAGAAGAAACGCAGGAAACCUGGUUCGGUGAAGAGAGUUUCUAGCGCAGGACUUCGUGUUGAUUCUGUGUUGCAAAGAGAGACUGAGAACUUCAAGGAGUUCUUCACUCUUGGGAGAAAACUUGGACAGGGUCAGUUUGGGACAACGUUCUUGUGCAUGGAAAAGGCAACGGGACUCGAGUAUGCCUGUAAAUCUAUUGCAAAGAGGAAGCUGGUCACUGAUGAUGAUGUUGAGGAUGUGAGAAGAGAAAUUCAGAUAAUGCACCACUUGUCUGGGCAUCCUAAUGUUAUAUCCAUCAAAGGUGCUUAUGAGGAUGCCGUGGCCGUUCAUGUUGUGAUGGAAUUAUGUGCAGGUGGAGAGCUUUUCGAUAGGAUUAUUCAGCGUGGACAUUAUACCGAGAGACAGGCAGCUGAGCUUACUAGGACUAUUGUUGGGGUUGUAGAAACUUGUCAUUCUCUUGGUGUGAUGCACAGAGACCUUAAACCUGAAAAUUUUCUCUUUGUCAAUCAGAAAGAGGAUUCACUUCUCAAAACCAUUGACUUUGGAUUAUCUGUCUUCUUUAAGCCAGGUGAUAUAUUUACUGAUGUGGUGGGCAGCCCAUAUUAUGUUGCCCCUGAAGUUUUGCGCAAGCGUUACGGUCCUGAAGCAGAUGUUUGGAGUGCUGGUUUAUCCUUUACAUUCUUUUGAGUGGAGUUCCUCCAUUUU